AAACAAAGCUAUUGGCAACCAAUUUCUGGUCAUUUUGCAAAGGCGAUUCAUUCGUGUUGCAGUGAGAGCGGUUAAAAAAUGCGAAGAAUAUUGCGUGUUAGUGUGUUUGUAAUAAUCGAUGUACUGUUUGCUGAACUCUGUACGUGCAUGCCGACGCCGCAGUUUUACAGCGGGAGUCCGGUGGUGGAGCACCCUGGCGCUGCCAUCGCCGGGCGAGCCAGCCCGCUGGACAGCGGGGGAGCGGGGAUGGUCUACGUGCUGGUCGGCUUGGUGAGCCUCCCUGUGCUGGUCACCGUGCUGUGGCUGCUGCGCCAGUUGUGGCGCAUGCUGGCCUCCUGCGCCGGCCGGGGCUGCCCCGCCAGUCGGCCCGACCACGGCCUGGAGGAGGUCGUGAUCAUACCCGCCGACCACCAGUUGCACUGCUCAGUUCCUCAUCUGAAGGAACAGGGCGUGCCAUCUUCUAGCAGUGCCCUGCUGCCUGAUGGGCCUCUAGUAUCUUCCCAACAACAACACAAGUUUUCACCCGUUUCUCUGAUGGAAGAGAUGUUGCUUGCGUCGACUCGUGAACAGAUGCAGAGUGCAUCAACACCUCAGCUGCACGACUGCUCACUUGCCUCUUCUCGCGAGCAGAUGAUGUCCACUUCUGCUCCUCUGGACGAAAAGGCGGUGCUCAUGUCCAUCCAUGACCAGCUGCAGCUGGAAAAUAGGGAACUGGUGACCUGCCGCCACCAUAUGCUCUUGUAUUCAACGGCUCCACAGGUGGAUUACGUUAAGGGGUUAUUCGCUGAUUACCAGUCUCCUAUCCGUCACGUAGAAGAGACGGAAGUAGAGGCCACAUGCGACCAGGAUCAAGCGGUGCUUUCACCUCCGAUGCAGGAUUUGGAAGCGUUUUCCAUCCCUGAUGCCUUCGCUCCUGCCGAUGCCGACAGUGACAACCCACAGUAUCCCCAGGAGUCAGGGAAAACCAGCUUUAUGAAAUCAACCUUAUCAGCAGUUAUGACAGCCAGCAUCUCUGGCCUUAGGUUUCUGCAAAGGACGUGGUCAGUUUUGGCUUCUAUUACGCCCUAUUGGCUCCACGGCAUCACUCAUCACCGAAACAUCCAGCUUACUUAUCUGAGAGAAGUGGGAGAGGUGUUUAAUGGUUACCCUCCCGAACACCGACAAAAAUCGCCAUUUUCUCCGAGGGAAGAGGCCUUUGAAUUUUAUUCUCUUGAACAACUGGUAGUCGACACAUCGUUUCCGAGGAAAAAUGUAUGUGAGACCUAUCCCCCCGAGCAGCUGCAUGAGUCACGAUCAUCGCCAAGGGAAGAGGCCUUUGAAAAUUAUCCUUCUGAACAGCUGCAAGAUUCACCAUCAUCUUUGAAGGAAGAGGUCUACGAGACUUAUCCUCUUGAACAGCUGCAAGCAUCAACAUCAUCUUCAAGGGAAAGGGCUGUUGAUGCUUAUCCUUCCGAGCAGCUGCAAGACUCACCUUUAUCUUUGAGUGAAGAUGUCUAUGAGACAUAUCCUCCCGAGCUGCAUGAAGCACCAUUAUCCCCAUGGGAAGAGACUUUUGACACCUAUCCUCCCGAGCUCAUGCAAGAUUCGCGGUCACAUUUGAGGGAAGAGGUCUACGAGACUUAUCCUCUUGAAAAGCUGCAAGCAUCAACAUCAUCUUCAAGGGAAAGGGCUGUUGACGCUUAUCCUUCCGAGCAGCUGCAAGACUCACCUUUAUCUUUGAGUGAAGAUGUCUAUGAGACAUAUCCUCCCGAGCUGCAUGAAGCACCAUUAUCCCCAUGGGAAGAGACUUUUGACACCUAUCCUCCCGAGCUUAUGCAAGAUUCGCGAUCACAUUUGAGGGAAGAGGUCUACGAGACUUAUCCUCUUGAACAGCUGCAAGCAUCAACAUCAUCUUCAAGGGAAAGGGCUGUUGACGCUUAUCCUUCCGAGCAGCUGCAAGACUCACUUUUAUCUUUGAGUGAAGAUGUCUAUGAGAUAUAUCCUCCCGAGCUUCAUGAAGCACCAUUAUCCCCAUGGGAAGAGACUUUUGACACCUAUCCUCCCGAGCUCAUGCAAGAUUCACGAUCACAUUUGAGGGAAGAGGUCUACGAGACUUAUCCUCUUGAACAGCUGCAAGCAUCAACAUCAUCUUCAAGGGAAAGGGGUCUUGAUGCUUAUCCUCCCGAGCAGCUGCAAGAGUUUUAAACACCUUUGAAGGAAGAGGUCUAUGAAACAUAUCCUCCAGAACAGCUGCAUGAGUCACCAUCAUCUCUGCAGGAAGAGGCCUCUGUAUACCUACAUGUAUCGGUAUUGUCUCCGAAUAAAGAGGUCUUUGAGACUUAUUCUCUUGAACAGCUGCAAGCAUCAACAUCAUCUUCAAGGGAAGGGGCCUUUGAUGCUUAUCCUCCCGAGCAGCUGCAAGAGUUUCCAUCACCUUUGAAGGAAGAGGUCUAUGAAACAUAUCCUCCAGAACAGCUGCAUGAGUCACCAUCAUCUCUGCAGGAAGAGCCCUUUGAGAAGUAUCCUUCUGAAUACCUACAUGUAUCGACAUUGUCUGCGAAGAAAGAGGUCGUUGAGACUUAUUCUCUUGAACCGCUGCAAUCAUCAACAUCAUUUCCGAGGGAAGAUGUGAAUGAGACUCAUCCUUCCGAACAGCUGCAAGUGGUAUCACCACACAAGAAAAACAAGAGUUCUGGUCCCCUUAUCUACUAUAAGCUUCAACUACCACCGUUUCCUCCACAACAAGUUCCUUUGAAAGAAGUGCUGUAUGAAACGUUUCCUCCUUUGAAAGCUGAUAUUGACACUACCCCUUCAGAAUAAAGAGUCAUUUUCGCGAUAAACCAA